UCACAUGGUGUGUGACCUUUAGGGAUUAACCUUUUUCUCUGAGCAUAAUUCACCCAAGCUGUAUAUAUAUCAAUACCAUUUCUUCACAUGGCUGAGUAGCUUUCCACAUAGGGACACACCAAUUAUUUCUCAUUUACUUCUGGUUUUGACUCUUGGGAAUGAAGUUGAUAUGGACAUUAAUGUACAGGUUUUGUGUGAAUGUGGUUUUCAUUUCUCUGAAGUAAAUCCAGAAGUACAAUUUCUAGGUCACAUGAUAAUUGUGUGUUUAGUUUUUAAAGAAAUUGCUAUUUUCCAGAAGUAAAGGAAACUGAACCAUUUUGCAUUCCUGUCAGCAACAUAUGAUUGGUGCAGUUUCUCUACAUCCUCAUCAGCAUUUGGUACUACUGUGACUGUGUUUUAUUUUAACCAUCCUGAUAGGUGUAUAAGGAUAUUGUGUUUUGAAUUUACAUUUCCCUAGGGAAUGGCAUUGAGCAAUUUCAUGUAUUUAUUUGCCAUCUGUAUAUCCUCUUUGGUGAAAUAUCUCUUCAGGUCUGUUGCACAUCUUCUGUUUCAGUUGUUUUUUACUGUUGAGUUGAGAGAAUGUGUGUGUGUAUUUUGGUUGGUUGGUUGAACAUGCUAGGCCAGCACUCCACCCCUGAGCUACAUCCCCAGCCCUGGAGAGAUCUUUUUGCAUUGCAGAUGUUAUCCCUUUGUUGGAGGAGUAUUUUGCAAAAGUUUUUUAAGAUAUUUUUCUCCUAGUCUUUAGUUUGUCUUUUCAUCCUCUUAACAGAAUCUUUUAGAGAGCAAAAGUUUUAAUUUUGAUGAAGUUCAAUAUAUUAUUUUCUCCUUAUGAAUGUUCUACUGCCAUGUCAAGUGUAGAAACUCUUUGCCUAACCCUAGAUUCUGAAGGAUUUCUCCAAACAUAGUAUAGUUUUGUGUUUUUCAUUGAAGGCUGUGGUAGCUUAGGGUUCAUUUGUAUGUAAGGUGUGAGGCUUAGCCAAGUGCUGUCUGCCUACCUUGCUUGUGGAAGUCAAUUGAUCCAGCACCAUUUUUUGAGAAGGUUCUGCUUCUGUAUCUGUGUCAACAAUCAUUGUAUAUUGUAAAAUUUUGUCUAAUUUAAGAUAAAGUAAUUGAAUUUCUUUCAAAAAUUAAUUGUGCAUAUUUACUUGGGUCUACUUCUGGGUUCUCUGUUCUGUUACAUUGAUGCCUGUGUGUCUCUCUGCCAGUUCCAACGUUUCUAACUUCAUGCCAGUAUAAUGCAUCCUGAAAAUAGGUAGAUUGAUUUUUCCCCACUUUGUUGUUCUUUUUUUAAAAUUGUUUGAGCUACUCCAGUUCCUUUGCCUUUACAUACGCAUUUUAGAAUAAUUUAUCAAAAAAGUCUUGAGGUUUUGAUAGGAAUUGUGUAAAACCUAUAUAUCAGCUUGGGGUAAACUCAUCUUUAUUAUGUCAAGUCUUUCUAUCCACAAGCAUAUUGUGUCUGUCCGUUUAUUUAACGCUUCUUGAUUUAUUCCCCAGCACAUUAUUGAUUACAACUCUGUGUUUUGUUUUUUGAGUCAUUUUAAAUGGCAUUACAUUCUUAAUUUCAGUGUCCACACACACAUUCAUUACUAGAUUGGUAUAUUUAUCUUGUAGGCUUAUGACCUUGUCAAACUUAUUUAUUGAUUCUAGGAGUUUUCGUAGACUCCUUGAUUCUCUCCAUUGCAAUCAUGUUAUCUGCAAACAGGGACACUUUUAUUUCUUCCUUUGCCUUCAGAAUGUCUUCUGUUUCAUUUUUUGCAUAGUUGUAUUGGUGAGUACCUCCAGAGAAAAGGGACAUCUUUGCCUUGUUCCAAAAUAUAAGAAAGUAUUCACUUUUUUCUCAGCAAAAAUUUUAAUGUUGAUCUGUGUGUUGUGGGCUUUUAUAAAUGCUGUUUGUGGAAAGGGCGUGAUCUAGGGAUUUGGGAAGCUGGGCAAAAUCUGAUAGUUUCUCUACUAGUUUGCUGGGGUGCUGUUUGAAUAGUAGAAAUCAUAGAAUUUUUAUUGGAACAAUCAGAUUUAAAUUUUGUUCCCCCCCACCUUCAGAUGGAAGGCCUGGGGCAAAUACCUUACCCAUAUCAAAGCCCAUUUCCCCCUCCACAAAAGGGAGGCAGAGGCCAGACCUGCUUCCUCCCUGGAUUGGUGUUAAGAGUGAAAAGGACAGGAGAAUGUAUGAGGGAUCUUAUCACCUGCAUGAGCAUGAAGAGGAGCUAGAAAACCCCUAGAGUUAGUAAGGUUUCCAUCCUGCCUUACUAGAACUCCACCCAACACUUUAAUUAAUCAAUCUUUGUGGAAAAUCGAACAAAUUCUGACAGAUCAUUAGAACAUGUAUUCGGGGUCUGCAAAAGACUCUCUGUUCCAGGAAUAUUUGCUGUGCCAAGGACUCGAUGCUUGGAGGUAGACAACCUAGUUCUCUUAUCGGCUUCUCCACAUACCAUCUGUGUAAACUUGGGCAAGUCACAAAACCUCCUAAGUUACGGCAUUUGUUGUCAUCUAUAAGCCGGGAAUCAUGGCAGACCUAAUUCCUAGGACUGUUAUGAAGACAAAUGAGUUAAUUUAUGGACCAUGUUUAGCAAUGCCUGACAUGUUCGAUACCUGCAAUGACAUGUUAGUGAUGAUCAGUAUUGAUGACUAUAAAGGACACAUUCUGAUUUGUGAAUCACCUUUCUUAAAAACAAAAUUGUUUACUUUGCAGAUAUUUAAAAAAAUGGAUUUGACCAACCAUGGACUUAUUCUACUGCAACAGUUAAACGCUCAGCGAGAGUUUGGUUUCCUGUGUGACUGCACGGUUGCAAUCGGCGAUGUGUACUUCAAGGCACACAAAUCAGUUCUUGCUUCAUUCUCCAAUUACUUUAAGAUGUUGUUUGUCCAUCAGACCAGCGAGUGCGUCCGUUUGAAACCAACUGACAUACAGCCUGACAUCUUCAGCUAUCUCUUACAUUUGAUGUACACUGGAAAGAUGGCGCCUCAGUUGAUCGACCCUGUUCGGUUAGAGCAGGGGAUCAAGUUUCUGCACGCCUACCCACUGAUCCAGGAAGCCAGCCUUGCCAGCCAAGGCACUUUUUCUCAUCCUGACCAAGUCUUCCCACUGGCCUCUUCCUUGUAUGGCAUUCAGAUCGCAGAUCACCAGUUAAGGCAAGCCACCAAGAUUGCCUCGGCACCUGAAAAACUUGGUCGAGAACCAAGGCCACAGACCUCCAGGAUGAGCCAGGAACAGGUGCCAGAGGCUUCACAGCUGUCGCAGCUGACUUCCAAUCUGGCCCAGGUGAACCGGACAAACAUGACUCCCUCGGACCCCUUGCAGACCUCGCUGUCUCCAGAACUGGUCUCCACUCCUGUUCCUCCCCCUCCUCCUGGGGAGGAAACCAAUCUGGAGGCCUCUUCCUCUGAUGAGCAGCCUGCGUCCCUCACCAUUGCCCACGUCAAGCCAAGCAUCAUGAAGAGGAACGGAAGCUUCCCCAAGUACUAUGCCUGCCACCUGUGUGGACGGCGCUUCACCCUCCGGAGCAGCCUGCGAGAGCACCUCCAGAUUCACACGGGAGUACCCUUCACGUCCAGCCAGCAGGGGGAAAGCCGAGUCCCCUUGUCUCUCUGCAGCAAUGCCGCAGACCUCGGGAAAGAUGCUAUGGAAGUGCCUGAAGCGGGGAUGAUCAGUGACAGCGAGCUGCAGCACAUCUCAGACUCCCCCAUCAUAGAUGGGCAGCAGCAGUCGGAAACCCCGCCCCCCUCUGACAUCGCUGACAUUGACAACUUGGAGCAGGCUGACCAGGAGCGGGAGGUGAAGAGACGGAAAUACGAGUGCACGAUAUGUGGACGCAAAUUCAUCCAGAAGAGCCACUGGAGGGAGCACAUGUACAUACACACCGGGAAGCCUUUCAAGUGUAGCACUUGUGACAAGAGCUUUUGCAGAGCCAACCAGGCUGCGCGGCACGUGUGCCUCAACCAGAGCAUCGACACCUACACCAUGGUGGACAAACAGACUCUGGAACUCUGCACAUUUGAGGAAGGUAGUCAGAUGGACAACAUGCUGGUGCAAACCAACAAACCCUACAAGUGCAACUUGUGUGACAAAACGUUCUCGACUCCCAAUGAGGUGGUCAAACACUCUUGCCAAAACCAGAACUCAGACGUGUUUGCCCUAGAUGAGGGGCGGUCCAUUCUCCUGGGCAGUGGGGACUCAGAAGUAGCAGAACCUGACCACCCAGUGUUAGCUUCCAUCAAAAAGGAACAGGAAACCGUGUUACUAGACUGAAUGUUGCUUGUCUUUUUAAAAACUGUCAUUUUUACAAAAACUAUCUUCUUUCCCUUCCCCCCAGCUCAGAACUGUGCUUCUGCACAGUUCAGACUAUGACACACACAGGUCCCUGUUCCCUUCUCCUCUUCUUCAUCUCCCCAUCCCAGCCCCACCUCUGGAAAGGCUUUGUGCAUUAUAAACCUGGAAUAUAUUUACUUUAAUUCAGGGGAUAUUGGAAAGAUAAUGGUCGGUAGUACUUGUAAACUUAAAAUAGAUUUUGAGAAGUUUUAGAUUAUUUAAAAGCAUACAUGGAACUAAUUAAGGGUCUAUAACAAAACAAAACAACGAGAAUAUAAUUUGGUAAGAUAAAAUUAUGACUUUCCCUGGGUAAUGAGUCUUCCUUCUCAGAAAAACAAUGUCAGAAAAUACAGCAUGCUUUUUAGAGAUAAAGCGGGGCUCUGUACUAUGCAAACCCUAGAAGGUGUGGGGAAACUUUAAACCCAAGAAAAUGUUUUUAGUAUUUAUCCUCCAGGUGUCUUGUUUCAGAAUGCACCCUUUGAGAUUAUGUCCAGUUAAGAGAAAUCACUAGUUAGGAAAUCUACUUUAACAAAACACAAAAAAAGUAAUAAUGUGAUGGCAAUCUUAAUUUUUGGAUAAAACAUGACAAGCUGUGACUUUGUGUGUUUGUAAGAGAAAAUGUGGACACUUGCUAUAAACAGGUGAACUAAUGCACAUGCCUUAGCUAAUUGCUGGCUUCUUUCCAAGUUGAACAACAAAAUGCUGUAUUUUAGUUUCUGACACAUUUGUUUUAAAAGUCAGAUUUGAAAGUACUAUAUAGAUUGUCUUUCUGAACAGAAAAUGACAUGCCAUUUUCUAGCAGUUGCCAGUGGGAAAUUUGUUUCAGUACCAACCAGCUGCUUUUAAAUCAAUGUGUGCACUGCAGGGAAAAGGAUAUUGGAAUAUGCAUCUUAAAGAGGAGGUGUGGGCAGGAAAUGUAACUUUAUUGAAAGUCAGUGCUAAUACUUCACUGGGAACAUUUGUUGAAGUAUCUAAAAUGGCAAAAAGAAAUCAGGACAAAAUCUGAUUUGCCGUUUGGAGAAAAAAACUUAAUUUUGAUGUGUAUUCUUUGAUUUUUUGUUUUUUUUCUUAACACCUAAAAUUUUCUCCACCGACCUGAAAGCAGUACAAGUUGUCCGUUAAUCUUCCCAUAGGCCAAUAAGAGAAUGAAUGGUCUCACAGGACAAAAUAGGAGCCAGAAGUAAAAACCGAAGGGGAGAGGGAAGGGGGAGAAUAGUCAAUAGCUAUACUGUAUGUACAUGUUAAAAACUGAAUAUCCCAUCAUCCUAUUGUAUGUAUAGUUGAGUUCUCAGAUUUGUAAGUUUUUAUACAUCCUUUCAUUGAAUAAACAUUUAUUAAAUGGGCAUGUGA